AUGCCGCCCAAGGGAAAGAAAGGAAAGGGCAAGAAGGGUGGCGACGACGAUGACGCUUUCUGGGCCGAGAAGGAGAAGGCUCUCGACGCUAAGAUGGCUACACCUGCCGAGGACGAGGCCAACGGCGCGGGCGGUGCUUUUGACGCGCUUGACGAUGACGAGGGUGCUGGUGGCCUGAUGGCUGCCAUUGCCGCCGCCAAGAACAAGAAGAAGGACAAGAAGAAGGCCAAGCACACUUUUGCGGCUCUCAGCGACGACGAGGACCAGCCGUCAAAGGAGGCGGAGCGCGGCAACAUGUCCGACGAGUGGCCCGAGGAGGACGUCAAGCCUAAGAAGAAGGGCAAGGGCAAGAAGAACAAGCAGCCAGUGCUCUCGGACGACGAGGACCUUGCCGCCGAGGCCGCUGCCCCCGCCGACAACUUCGAGGAUAAGGCACCUGUGAAGGCCUCCAUGGACGACGAGUGGCCCGAGGAGGACGUUAAGCCCAAGGGCAAGAAGGGCAAGGGCAAGAAGGGUGGCAAGCAGCAGGCUGCCGACCUCGACGAGGACGACUUCCUUGAGCAGGCUGCCCGUGAAGCCGCCGCUGCCAAGGAGGCCGCGGCACCCGUUGCCGCCGAACCAGCACCCGAGGCCGAUGUGGCGAGCGAGGCGGAGGAGCCCGCUGGCGGCCAGCUGCUUUCGAAGAAGGAGAAGGAGCGUCUGAAGAAGGAGAAGGAGAAGGCCAAGAAGAAGGCACAAGCCGCCAAGAAGAAGGCUGCUGCAGCGGAUGAGCCAGCUGAGGCCGAGCCCCAGCCCGAGGUCGCUGCUCCCGAGCCCGCAGGUGAUGACGAGGGUGACGACAAUGAGGACGCUGGCGGUUCCAAGAAGAACAAGAAGAAGAAGAAGCCCGCAGCCAAGGCGGAGCCCGUUGCGGCCAAGCCUAAGAAGGUGUCUGCGCACAUUCUUGCCAUGCAGGCCGCCGUCGCCGAGAAGAAGCGUCUCGAGGAGGAGGCUGCCGCCGUCGCCGCCGAGAGGCAGCGUCUUAUCGACGAGGAGGACGCUCGUAUCGCCGAGGAGGAGCGCCUUGUUGAGGAGGCCAAGGCCGCAAAGCGCGAAAAGGAGCGUCUCAAGCGCGAGCAGGCCAAGGCCGAGGGCCGUCUUCUCACUCCCGCCCAGAAGCGUGAGCGUGCCGCUGCCGAGGCCCGUAAGCAGGCUCUGCUUGCUUCGGGUGUCACCGUCGCCGCUCUUGCCGCUGGUGGUGCCCCCGCUGCCAAGCGCCCCUUCUACGGCAAGAAGAAGCCUGGAAAGCAGCAGGGUGCCAAGACCCCGUCAGAGGCUGCUACCCCGGCCCGCGCCGCUUCCCCAGAGCCCGUCAAGGAGGAGGCCAAGCCUGAGGAGUCGAAGCCCGCCGACGACGAGGAUGACUGGGACAAGUCCGACGACGAGGUUGCUGCUGUCACCGAGGGUGUUAAGGCCGUCAAGGUCGAGGAGUCCGAGGACGACUGGGACAAGUCGGAUGAGGAGGAGACUCCCGAGCCGCCCAAGCCUGCUCCUGCCGCUGCUCCUGCCACCAAGGCUGCUCCUGCUGCUAAGGCUGCCCCUGCUGCUAAGGCCGCACCCGCACCGGCCAAGUCGAACGGCAAGGCCGCUGCCAAGGUGGAAGAGUCGGAGUCCGAGGACGGUUCCGACGAUGACUCGGAGGAGGACAGCGACGAGGAUGACUCGGAUGACGACUCGGAGGAGGACAGCGACGACGACUCGUCCGAUGACGAGGUUGAGCAGGCCAAGGAGCGUGCUCGCAAGGCCAUUGAGAUCCGUCGCAAGGCCGCCGAGGCCAACCAGGACAAGACCGAUCUCCGUUCGCCCAUCUGCUGUAUUCUUGGACACGUCGACACGGGUAAGACCAAGCUGCUGGACAAGAUUCGUCAGACCUCGGUCCAGGAGGGUGAAGCCGGUGGUAUUACUCAGCAGAUUGGUGCCACUUUCUUCCCCCGCGAGGCGCUUGUCGAGAAGACCCAGGUUGUCAACCGCGACGGCUCGGUGGACGUCCGUAUCCCCGGUCUCCUCAUCAUCGACACUCCCGGACACGAGUCGUUCACCAACCUCCGUUCGCGUGGUUCGUCGCUGUGUAACAUUGCUAUCCUGGUUAUCGACAUUACCCACGGUCUCGAGCCCCAGACUAUCGAGUCCCUCAACAUGCUCAAGAUGCGCAAGACCCCCUUCAUUGUUGCCCUCAACAAGAUUGACAAGCUUGACGCCACUGAGUGGAAGGUCCACCCCGACCUCGGUUUCCGCGAGACCCUCGACGCCCAGUCCAAGCGUAUGCAGCGCAUGUUCGAGGACCGUCUCCAGUACGUCAAGGGUCUCCUCAUGGAGCAGGGUCUCAACUCGGAGGUCUACGACCGCAACACCCAGCCCGGCCGUAUCGUCUCGAUUGUCCCCACUUCGGCUGUUACCGGCGAGGGUGUUCCCGACCUGCUCAAGCUUCUCGUCAAGCUCACCCAGGACCGUAUGACUGGUUCGCUCAUGUACCUCUCCGAGGCCGAGGCCACCAUCCUCGAGGUCAAGGUCAUCGAGGGUCUCGGCACCACCAUCGACAUUGUUCUCGUCAACGGUGUCCUCCGCGAGGGCGACAAGAUUGUGCUAUGUGGAAUGAACGGACCAAUCGUAACGACUAUCCGUGCACUCCUCACACCUCAACCGAUGCGCGAGUUGCGUAUCAAGUCGGCAUACGUCCACAACAAGGAGGUCAAGGCCGCUCUCGGUGUCAAGAUCUCCGCCCCCGGUCUCGAGAAGGCCAUUGCCGGUGCCCGCAUGUUCGUCGCCAAGAACUCUGACGAGGAGGAGUACUACAAGGACCUCGCCAUGGACGACCUCACCUCGCUCGACAAGUUUAUCCAAAAGUCGGGCCGUGGUGUCUUCGUCCAGGCAUCAACUCUUGGUUCGCUCGAGGCCCUGCUCGUGUUCCUCAAGGACAUGAACAUUCCCGUCUUCGAGUUUGGUCUUGGUCCUGUGUACAAGAGCGCCGUUAUCCGCUCAAGUCUGAUGCUGGACCGCGCACCAGAGUACGCGGUCAUGCUCUGUUUCGAUGUGCCAGUCACAUUCGAGGCUGAGGAGGCGGCCAAGCGUGACGGUGUCAAGAUCUUCUCGGCCAUGAUCAUCUACCACCUCUUCGACGCGUUCAAGAAGCACAUGGAGGAGGUCAAGGAGGCUCGCCAGAAGGAGGCUGCCCCCGCCGCUGUCUGGCCCUGCAGGCUCAAGAUCAUCAAGGCCUUUGCUUCCAAGGACCCCAUCAUUGUCGGUUGUGACAUUAUCGACGGUGCCACUUGCCGUGUCGGCACUCCCGUCGGUGUCGUGCGCUACGACAAGGAGAAGGGUACCCGUGAGAUUAUCACCCUGGGUAAAAUCACCGGUCUCGAGAUCAACCACAAGACCAUGCCCCUGGUCAAGAGGUAUCAGACCGGUGCCGGUGUUGCCGUCAAGAUUGAGCGUGCCGCCCACCAGGCCUCCAGGUCGUUUGGUCGCCACUUCGACGAGAAGGACGAGAUUGUGUCCCUCAUCUCGCGCAAGUCGCUUGACACAUUGAAGUCCACCUUCCGCGACCAGGUCGACAUGUCUGAUUGGGCUCUCCUUAAGCGCCUCAAGGUGGAGCAGGGAGUUAACUAG